ACACAUAAACAGAGCGGCAGAAAGGAAGCCGCGCUUGACCGAUAAUAACCUCCUCGGCGCAGCGCCGGCGGGAUCUAUAUAAGGCGCUCCGGGUCCGGGACUGGCCCUGGUUUGGCCCCAGCCGCGUCGGUGGGAGCCACAAAGGAAGCCGGAGGAGCCCCCGAUCGAGUGGCUCCCCGAUCUACUCCGGGAGAUCUUUCCAAUUCCUGGCCGGAGGGAGAGAAAAAUCGCCUCCCCAUCAAACUGGCGAGGAGUUGAUGACCAGCCACAGUAGCUCUGCUGUGUGCUGUUGCCACCCAGGGUGCUGACUGCUGGUGUAUACAGAAGGAAGAUGGCCUUCUGGACACAGUUGGGUUUGCUGCUAUGGAAGAAUUUCACCUUUAGGAGACGGCAAACGUUCCAGCUGCUGAUUGAGGUUGCUUGGCCUUUGUUUCUCUUCUUCAUAUUGAUCUCGGUGCGUCUCUCCUAUCCACCUUAUGAACAACAUGAAUGUCAUUUUCCCAACAAGGCUAUGCCUUCAGCUGGAACUUUGCCUUGGGUACAAGGCAUUAUCUGCAAUGCCAACAAUCCUUGCUUCCGCUACCCAACACCUGGGGAGUCACCAGGCAUUGUGGGGAAUUUUAACAAGUCUAUUGUUUCCCGGUUGUUCUCGGAUGCCCAACGCUUACUCUUGUACAGCAAGAAAGAUACCAGCAUCAAGGAUGCACAGAAAGUUGUGGUGAAACUGCAGAAAAUUGGGAAAACUGUUACAGGUUUGAAAGUCCGGGAUUUCCUUGUUGCCAACGAGACCUUCUCUAACUUCCUGUAUCACAAUGCUUCCUUACCACAGUUUGUUGUAGAUGAAAUCCUGAAUGCUGAGGUCAACCUCCAACAGGUCAUCAAGUCUGGCUACCGGAUGAGUGUAAAAGACCUUUGUAACUCAACCAAGCUGUCCGAGAUUGUCGUCAUCCAAAAUCCAUUGAUAGAUGCGGUCAGUAAUGCUGUGAUUUGCUCCAUGCCUAAGGAGAAACUGGUCUUGGCAGAGAAAGUGUUUCAGGAUAAUUUGGAUGUCAUGAAGCCAUUUCUGAAGGGAAUCACCUCCAAUUCAACUUUGCAGGAUCUUAAGGGAACAGUGGAGACGCUGAUGGGGAGCCUCGGGGACCUUCUUAGAGAGUUGGUGAGCAUGAAAAGCUGGAGUGACAUGAGACAGGAGGUGAAGUUCCUGACCAGUGUGAAUGCUACCAGCCCUUCUGCUGAAAUUUACCAGGCAGUGUCCCGAAUUGUUUGCGGCCAUCCUGAGGGAGGGGGAUUGCAGAUCAAGUCUCUCAACUGGUAUGAAGACCACAAUUACAAAGCUUUCUUUGGAAGUAACAGUACUGAAGACGAAGAAGCGGAUUUCUACGAUAAUUCUACCACACCCUACUGCAAUGACCUAAUGAAGAAACUGGACUCCAGCCCACUUUCCAAGAUUAUAUGGAGAGCUCUGAAACCUUUGCUUGUUGGCAAAGUCUUGUACACCCCAGAUACACCAGCAACAAGGGCAGUCAUGUCUGAGGUAAACAAGACGUUCCAGGAGCUUGGUGUCUUCCGUGAUCUUGGAGGGAUGUGGGAAGAGAUAAGGCCAAAGAUAAAAGCUUUCAUGGAGGAAAGCUCAGAAAUGGAUCUGGUCCGGACGUUAUUGCAGAAUAAGUUAUAUUGGAAGAAACACUUGAUGGGCUCAGAUUGGACCAUUGAGGAUGUUGCCCUGUUUUUAGCAAAGAAUCCAGAGGAUACUCAUUCCUUGAAUAACUCUACUUACACCUGGCGGAAAGCUUUCAAUGAGACCGACCAAGCUGUUAUGACCAUCUCCCGUGUCAUGGAAUGUGUCAACCUUGACAAGCUGGAACCUGUGCCUAGUGAGGUGCGCCUGAUCAACAAGUCCAUGGGACUGCUAGACCAGAGAAAGUUUUGGGCCGCCAUUGUCUUCCCUGAAAUUGCUCCUAGCAGCGCAAAGUUGCCCCAUCAUGUCAAGUACAAGAUACGGAUGGACAUAGACAGUGUGGAAAGGACAAACAAAAUUAAGGACGAGUACUGGGACCCAGGUCCUCGAGCUGAUCCUUUUGAUGACAUGCGUUAUAUCUGGGGAGGCUUUGCUUACUUGCAGGAUGUGAUCGAGCAGGCAAUCAUCCGCACUCUGACAGGCUCUGAGAAGAAAAUGGGUGUCUAUGUUCAGCAGAUGCCCUAUCCUUGUUAUGUGGAUGACAUAUAUCUGCGUAUCACCAGCAAAUCCAUGCCCCUUUUCAUGACACUGGCUUGGAUCUAUUCUGUGGCAAUCAUUAUCAAAGGAAUUGUGUAUGAGAAGGAAGCCCGGCUGAAGGAAACAAUGAGGAUUAUGGGUCUGGACAAUGGCAUUCUCUGGCUGAGCUGGUUCAUUAGUAGCUUCAUCCCGCUUCUCAUGAGUGCAGGACUCUUGACAGUGAUCCUCAAGAAAGGAAACUUGCUGCCUUACAGUGACCCCAGUGUGGUGUUCGUAUUUCUAUCAAUCUUUGGGGUAGUGACCAUCAUGCAGUGCUUCCUCAUCAGCACCCUCUUCUCAAGGGCCAACUUGGCAGCAGCUUGUGGGGGGAUCAUCUACUUUACCUUCUACUUGCCUUUUGUGUUAUGUGUUGCCUGGCAGGACUACAUCAGCUUCUCUCUAAAAAUAUUUGCAAGCCUGCUUUCUCCUGUGGCCUUUGGAUAUGGCUGUGAGCAUCUUUCCCUUCUUGAAGAGCAGGGCAUUGGGGUGCAGUGGGACAAUAUCUUUGAAAGUCCCAGGGAAGAAGACAGUUUCAACCUCACUACUUCUGUGUCUAUGAUGCUGGUUGAUAGUUUGCUGUAUGGGAUUAUGACUUGGUACAUUGAAUCCGUCUUUCCAGGACAGUUUGGCAUUCCAAGACCUUGGUAUUUCCCCUUUAUGAAGUCUUACUGGUGCGGCGAGAAAUCCGAUGAAGGGCAAAUCCCUUCUCUUUCUGAAGGAUCUUCUGAAAUUUGUAUGGAAGAAGAGCCAAGCCACCUUCGCCUUGGGGUAUCCAUUCAGAAACUGGUGAAAGUCUACCGUGAUGGCAAGAAGCUGGCAGUAGACGGCCUUACUCUGAAUUUCUAUGAAGGGCAGAUUUCCUCAUUUUUGGGACACAAUGGAGCUGGGAAAACCACAACAAUGUCCAUCUUGACAGGAUUAUUUCCCCCAACUUCGGGCACAGCCUUCAUCCUGGGCAAAGACAUCCGUACUGAACUGAGCACUAUCCGGCAGAACCUGGGCGUUUGCCCCCAGCACAAUGUUUUGUUUGACGAGUUGACUGUAGAGGAGCACAUUUGGUUUUAUGCACGUCUCAAAGGGCUCUCAGAAAAGUUGGUGAAAAAGGAAAUGGAACAGAUGGCCAUCGAUGUUGGCUUGCCUCAUAAACUCAAAUCGAAAACAAGCAAACUCUCUGGUGGCAUGCAAAGGAAGCUUUCGGUCGCUCUGGCCUUUGUGGGUGGCUCCAAAGUUGUCAUUUUGGAUGAGCCAACUGCUGGGGUUGAUCCAUAUUCUCGCAGAGGGAUCUGGGAACUUCUUUUAAAGUAUCGCCAAGGCCGCACAAUCAUUCUGUCUACGCACCACAUGGAUGAAGCAGACAUUCUUGGAGACCGAAUUGCCAUCAUCUCCCAUGGCAAACUCUGCUGCGUUGGCUCCUCUCUGUUCCUGAAAAACCAGCUGGGGACAGGCUACUACUUGACCUUAGUCAAGAAGGAUGUGGAUUCUUCCCUGAGUUCCUGCAGAAAUAGCAGCAGCACUGUCUCUUACUUGAAAAAGGAUGACAGCGUCUCUCAAAGUAGCUCUGAUGCUGGGCUUGGCAGCGACCAUGAAAGUGACACCUUGACAAUAGAUGUAUCAGCCAUUUCUAAUCUCAUAAUGAAGCACGUCCCUGAAGCACGGUUGGUAGAGGACAUCGGCCAUGAGCUAACUUACGUUUUGCCAUAUGAAGCAGCUAGAGAAGGAGCUUUUGUGGAGCUAUUUCAUGAGAUUGAUGACCGCCUCUCCGACCUGAGGAUUUCAAGCUAUGGCAUUUCUGAGACUACUCUGGAGGAGAUAUUUCUGAAAGUGGCAGAAGACAACGGUGUGGAUGCAGAGACCUCAGAUGGCACAUUACCUGCGCGAAGAAGCCGGGUCUUUGGAGAUAGGCAAAGCUGUCUUCGUCCUUUCACAGAAGAUGAUGCUUUUGACACGAACGAUUCUGACAUAGAUCCAGAAUCUCGAGAGACCGACCUGCUGAGUGGGAUGGACGGCAAAGGAUCCACCCAAGUGAAGGGCUGGAAGCUGACCCAGCAGCAGUUUGUAGCCCUGCUCUGGAAGAGAUUGCUUAUUGCCAGGCGCAGCAGAAAAGGGUUUUUUGCUCAGAUUGUACUCCCAGCUGUCUUUGUUUGCAUUGCUCUCCUGUUCAGUUUGAUUGUGCCUCCCUUUGGUAAAUAUCCAAGCCUGGAAUUGCAGCCAUGGAUGUAUGAUGAACAAUAUACAUUUAUCAGUAAUGAUGCUCCUGAAGACACUGGGACUCAGAAGCUUUUGGAUGCUCUCCUCAACAAACCUGGUUUUGGAACCCGCUGCAUGAAAGGAUACUCUAUUGCAGAUACUCCUUGCUCUGUGGGGGAAGAGGAUUGGACCACUGCUUCUGUUCCUAAGACAGUCAUGGAAAUCUUGCAGAGAGAUAACUGGACAAUGGAGAACCCCUCCCCAUGUUGUGUAUGCAGCAGUGAGACGAUCAAGAAGAUACUACCUUUAUGUCCUGCAGGAGCUGGUGGCCUGCCUCCUCCACAGCGAGUACAGAACACCACGGACACCCUUCAGAACCUGACUGGACGCAACAUUUCUGAUUACCUUGUGAAGACAUAUGCUCAGAUCAUUGAGAAAAGCCUGAAGAACAAAAUAAGAGUGAAUGAGUUCAGAUAUGGUGGCUUUUCCUUGGGAGCCAGCAGCUCCCUUGUACUUCCUCGUCGUGAAGAAGUAAGCGAAGCCAUCCAGCAGGUGAAGAAAAUCUUGGAAAUCACCAAGGACAGUUCUGCAGAACGUUUUCUUAACAGCCUGGCAAGCUUUAUGAAAGGCAUGGACACGAAAGAUAAUGUGAAGGUGUGGUUCAACAACAAAGGCUGGCAUGCUGUGGGUGCCUUUCUCAACGUGAUGAACAAUGCAAUCCUCCGUGCCAAUCUGAAAGAUGGACAGAAUCCCAGCGCCUAUGGCAUCACAGCGUACAACCACCCGCUCAAUUUGACUAAGCAGCAGCUAUCCGAAGUUGCCUUGAUGACCACCUCAGUGGAUGUUUUGGUCUCCAUCUGCGUCAUUUUUGCCAUGUCCUUUGUACCAGCCAGCUUUGUGGUUUUCUUGAUCCAAGAGCGAGUCAGCAAGGCCAAACACUUGCAGUUCAUCAGUGGUGUGAAGCCAGUAAUCUACUGGCUGGCUAACUUUGUAUGGGAUAUGUGCAACUAUGUUGUUCCAGCCACCUUGGUCAUCAUCAUCUUCAUCUGCUUCCAACAGAAAUCUUAUGUGUCCUCAACCAAUCUGCCAGUGUUGGCUCUUCUCCUCUUACUUUAUGGGUGGUCCAUAACUCCUCUCAUGUACCCAGCAUCCUUUGUAUUCAAGAUCCCCAGUACAGCGUAUGUUGUUCUGACCAGUGUUAACCUCUUCAUUGGUAUCAAUGGGAGCGUGGCCACUUUUGUUCUUGAACUUUUCACCAAUAAUAAGCUGAACAACAUCAAUGACAUUCUCAAGUCUGUGUUCCUCAUUUUCCCUCACUUCUGUCUGGGUCGUGGCUUAAUUGACAUGGUGAAAAAUCAAGCUAUGGCAGAUGCCCUAGAAAGAUUUGGUGAGAACCGCUUUGUCUCCCCUCUCUCCUGGGAUCUUGUGGGACGGAAUCUUUUUGCCAUGGCUGUAGAAGGUGCAGUCUUCUUCCUCAUCACGUUGCUCAUCCAGUAUAGAUUCUUUAUCAAACCCAGGCCCAUCUAUGCAAAGCUUCCGCCUGUGAGUGAAGAGGAUGAAGAUGUGAACAGAGAAAGGCAGAGGAUCAUUGGCGGCGGUGGGCAAAGUGAUAUCUUGGAAAUCAAAGAACUAACGAAGAUAUACAGAAUGAAACGAAAGCCAGCUGUGGACAGGAUUUGUGUUGGAAUUCCACCUGGGGAGUGCUUUGGUCUUCUGGGUGUGAAUGGUGCUGGCAAAUCCUCCACCUUCAAGAUGUUGACUGGAGACACAGAUGUUACAGGAGGAGAUGCUUUUCUGAAGGGAAACAGUAUUUUAUCUAACAUCCAAGACGUCCACCAGAAUAUGGGGUAUUGCCCACAGUUUGAUGCCAUUAAUGAGCUGCUGACGGGAAGGGAACACUUGGAAUUCUUUGCACUCUUAAGAGGGGUUCCAGUAAAGGAAGUCUGCAAGGUUGGCGAAUGGGCUGUUCGGAAGCUAGGCCUCGUAAAGUAUGCAGAGAAGUACGCAGGGACCUACAGUGGUGGGAACAAGCGCAAGCUCUCUACUGCAAUGGCUCUCAUUGGAGGGCCUCCUGUGGUCUUCCUGGAUGAGCCAACUACAGGAAUGGAUCCCAAGGCACGGCGUUUCCUUUGGAAUUGUGCCUUGAGUGUCAUCAAGCAGGGAAGAUCUGUGGUUCUCACAUCUCACAGUAUGGAAGAAUGUGAGGCUCUUUGCACUCGAAUGGCUAUCAUGGUCAAUGGACAGUUCAGGUGCCUUGGCAGUGUCCAGCACCUGAAGAACAGGUUUGGAGAUGGCUACACAAUAGUAGUGCGAAUAGCAGGGUCAAACCCUGACCUGAAGCCUGUUCAGGACUUCUUUGAGCAGGCCUUUCCCGGCAGCGUGCUGAAGGAAAAGCAUCGCAACAUGCUACAGUAUCAACUCCCAUCCUCUUUGUCUUCUCUGGCUAGAAUAUUUAGCAUCCUUUCCAAUAACAAAAAAAGACUCCACAUAGAAGACUACUCCGUUUCCCAGACCACACUUGACCAAGUAUUUGUAAACUUUGCAAAGGACCAAAGUGAUGAUGACCACACAAAGGACUUGUCAUUGCACAAAAACCAGACUGUUGUAGAUGUUGCAAUGCUGACGUCUUUCUUGCAAGACGAGAAAGUGAAAGAAAGCUAUGUAUGAGCAACCAUUUUGAGAAGGAUGCUACGUCAGUACUGAGCAGAAGGGAGGCAUUCAUCCUUUCUGUGGCACAAGGAGUUCUUCCCAGGAGCCAAGAGACAGAGGAUACCGAGCCGAAGAGGAUAAACUGGAUGUUCUACAAUUCAAUGCAAUGCAAUUCAAUGCAAAGAAAACAAUAUUCCUUUACGGAGGCAGUGCCUCUUGGAGAUGUUGCCUUGUUGUACUGUUCUCUAGUGAAAGACUUGAAUCUAGUUGUUCUUACAUUAUAACUCUGUGAAAUUCUAGUAUGGUGGCACAUGCUGUUGUGUGGUCCUUCUGCCAUACUUCCACCUGUUUCUACUUACUUGUUUUUGGUUAGAGGUCAUGUGGCAAGAUUUGGGCGGAUUCUUGGCCAGUGAUUAUUUAUUUGCCAUGUUAAGAUGUGCACAGUCCUUUGGUGGGAUGAGUAGGGUUGCCUGGGUGCUAUAUCCAUUGCUGGCAAUGAAAGCACCAGUGUGACCAGUGCCAAGCAAUCAUCACACAACACAUUGCUGUGGCCUUAUUUAAGUGUUGGCUGUUGGCCCAGUUUACCUAAAUAAAUCGAAGGGGAUUUGUAUGAAGACCAUUGGUGGUUUUCACCCUGGGCCAGAGACACAUCACCUCAAAACAUGCAUCCAGUUAUUAACUCAGUGUUUCUUAUCAUGGUGUAGCAGGAUCAGCCAUACAAACAUUUGGGAGGAUUUCUGUCCCACGGUAUGGUGACCAAUUUGCUUAUUCCUACACUAUGCUCUUGUGAAACUGUUGCUGUUUUCCGUUUUUGUUACUUAAGCCUUGUUUUUGAUAUGUCUCUUGUUUGCAACAGUAUUACUUCUCGAAUCAUGUGGUGAUCUGGUCCUGUUGACCUAUUUCAGCAUCCCCACUUAGCUGUCAAUCACUUUUCAUACCACUCUUAUUACUCUAAAGAUCUAGAUGUAGUUGGUAUCAUUUGUGUAACGUAGGUUUUUAUAAUCUUGCAAUCACCACUAUACCAUUUUUUUUUUGUGAACAUGAACGUUACAGUGUAAGGUUUUCCUACCUGAGAUGCCAAAUCAUACGAUGUCUACUUCUUACCUUGCACAGCACUGUCCUUUUAAGACUAAUUGAAAAGGAGAAAAAUCUCCUGUUCCUCACCUUUCUUUUCUCAUCCCUAUCCUCCCACCUCAUUCCGCUUUCUCUCCUGCUUCUAAGAGGAGGUUACAUUCAAAGUUGGAAGUAAAGAUGGGCAAGAGAUUGAUAGAAUGCAUUUAUUUUAUAUUAUAGAGUUGACUACUUUGUUUUUCUGCAAGACAAAUUACAGAAUAAUUUCUCAUUUUGGGAAGGUUAGAGCCCCCUUUAAAACAACGCACAAAUAGUUGGCCAAAGUUGAAAGAGUCAACAUUGCGUGCCUCUUUGUGACAACGAAUGAGUACAUUAACAGCAACCUGAAGGCUUCUUAUUAGCAAUGUCAGCAAGGAGUAUAGUUGUGAUGCCUCUCCCCCAAACCAGGUAUAGUCCUGAAAAGUUUAGCUGUUACUCUUCUAAAAGCAGUUGAACAGGGUUCUGCAUCCUAUGCACCCAUUUCUCUCUCUGGCCCCUUCCACACAGCUGAAUAAAAUCCCACAUUAUCUGCUUUGAAUUGGUAUAUAUUGCAGUGUGGACUCAGAUAUCCUGGUUCAAAGCAGAUAUUGUGGGAUUUUCCGCCUUGAUAUUCUGGGUUAUAUGGAUGUGAGGGCGAUCUGGCUGCGACAUCUGUCACCCCAUUGAUCGCCAGGGUUGAUUCGGGUGAUCCGGCUGACUAGGCGGGUGUCCCCUUCCUCCCUCACCGCUCCAUGUGCGCGCUCGGUGGAAGAGGACGACGUCCCAGGUAUAGGAGUGUACCAAGGUCUCCAGUCUUCAGUCCCGGGUUAUAUGGCUGUGUGGAAGGGCCCUGUCUCUCUCUCUGAAAGCUCUCUCUACCUAUCAGAUGUAAAGCUGUAUAUUAGUAGGGAGAAGAUUCAUUUCUCCAUACCAGAUAGCUGGAACUUUGGCCCUGACAACUCACACAGCACAUAAAUGAUUUUGCAGUUAUAAGUCCUGCUUGAAGAGGCUAGUCUUUAAAAAAACAAAACAGGAGUGCUCUUUAAUGUAUCCUUUAAGAUCGAUGUGCCAUUUUACGCAAACGCACAGUCCAAAGCAAACAAUGUGCUGUUUAAAUGUGUCAUCCUCUGUGUCUACUCAAAGGUAGGCCCUUCCUUCUUUCUCCUAUAGGUUGGAAUCCUGUUUAUGACUUACUCCAGGAUCUGUUUUGCUAAGAUAAGACACUUUGUAAAGCAAAGCAUAGCAACAGGGUGGCAAUAGAAAAAGCUGUGCCAAUCAGAGCAACUUGGGAGACAGCGGGGCAACUUUGCCAUCAUUGUGGUGCCUGCAGCCACUAUACCUCAGUACUAUGCUGCCUUCUUGUAGGCUGGCGUGAUAUUAUAGGCCAGCAGACACAACCUAAGUCUGCACUUGCUUUGAAAGUGGCCUUACAGAACACAAGAAGACUUGCAAGUGCGAAGCUAUCAUGAACAACUUCCAGUGGGCUGAGGGACAAUAUUUGACACGUAGAUCCACCACAAGCUGUCAGGUCUAUAAAAAAAGAUGGGUAUGUUCCAACCAAAAGUGACCAGACACCAGUUGUAGCUGGGAGCCUAUAGCCCUUGAAUCAAAUUAACUUUUUAGCCAUUUUUUUUCACCACAGGUUGUGAAAAAAGGCCAUGGGGAUGCCAAAGGUCCCAAUUUGUUUUCCCAAUAUAGAAGAUAUAGGUGCAAGUUCUGCUGCUCUCAAUGGAAAAGUUUUGCCUCUUCCAUUUGAAACAGUUGCUUGGUUAGUUUGGGACUCCAGUCCAUCCAAUACCACGCUGAAUACUAGAUCAGUUUCCUCCAAAUCUGUAAUGCCAUGUUAUACAAGGUUUCUGAUGUGUUCAACGUGGAUUUGCCAAUAUGAUCUUCAGUGUUGUAGGUACUGUAAGAUAAAACCACUGCUCAUUGAACUGUGUUGAGAAGAUUUACCACUUUACUAUGUAUGGGGUGAAGUUGCUGCAUCCUUCUACAGCUUUUUUGACUGCUGUAGAGGCUCUUUUCCUAUAAAUAGUUUUCUUCCAGAACACGUAAUGGAAAGCCUGUGUUACCGUAUUCUUCUUUCUAUCCAUUUCUGUCUCCCUUCUCUUUAAUGAUUGAUCCUUCAUUCCAAGCACUUUAUGCUAGCUGUAAUGGGAUCUAUUUUUGCACUGGAAUAGUCUGUUAACUUUGCAAAAUCUGGAGCAGUUUCACACACAUACACACAAAUUUUUUAAGUUAAGAAAACUUUCAAUGGACAUUUUCAUGAAAAAUAUAUAUUUGUAUUGCUAAUAAACUAUUUGUGGAAUAUUAAUAGGCAUUUGUUAAUUGCCUUGUAUCAAGUAAAGAAAAAAUAAAGUGUUGCUGGUCUACAA